UUCAUCUUUUACAGAGCAACUUUUCCAAAACGCAAAAAGCUGCUUUUUUUGCUGUCAUCACAGAUAUCAAUUUCAGUUACAAUAUGUCUGUUACAAAGUUGAUUAAAUGCGUUAUUCUUGAUUUGGAUGGAACGUUACUCAACACAGAUGGCAUAGUUUGUAACGUUUUGAAGAUAUCGUUAGGGAAGUAUGGAAAAGAAUGGGAUGGAAGAGAAACCCUUAAAAUUGUUGGCAAGACUCCUUUUGAAGCUGCUUCUGCUGUUGUUGAAGAUUAUGGACUUCCUUGCUCACCGGUUGAAUUUGUUUCCGAGCUUUCGCCACUAUUCUCUCAGCAGUGGUGUAAUAUUAAAGCACUUCCUGGUGCUAAUCGAUUGAUUAAACAUUUGAAAAGCAAAGGAGUUCCAAUGGCCUUGGCAUCAAACUCUCCAAGGGAAAGCAUUGAUGCCAAAAUAUCCUUUCAUGAUGGAUGGAAAGAUUCUUUCUCUGUCAUAAUUGGGGGAGACGAAGUUCGAACAGGAAAACCUUCCCCUGACAUAUUCUUUGAAGCUGCUAGGAGGUUAAGGAUAGAGCCUUCCAGCUGUCUUGUCAUUGAAGACUCUCUACCCGGUGUUACUGCAGGUAAGGCUGCUGAGAUGGAAGUGGUUGCGGUACCAUCACUCCCGAAGCAGUCUCAUCUCUAUACUGCAGCAGACGAGGUGAUAAAUUCCCUACUUGAUUUGCAACUUGAAAAGUGGGGUCUACCACCAUUUGCAGAUUGGGUGGAGAGAACUUUGCCUGUAGAUCCUUGGUAUAUUGGUGGUCCUGUCAUCAAGGGAUUUGGUCGUGGGUCGAAAGUACUCGGGAUUCCUACAGCCAAUUUGUCAACAAAGGAAUGUUCCGAUCUCCUUGCACAAUAUCCUUCAGGAGUUUAUUUUGGUUGGGCCGGAUUAUCAACAAGAGGUAUUUUUAAAAUGGUCAUGAGCAUUGGUUGGAAUCCAUAUUUCAGCAACAAAGAAAAGACUAUAGAACCAUGGUUGCUUCAUGAAUUCACUGAGGAUUUCUAUGGGGAAGAACUGCGGCUGGUUAUAGUUGGUUACAUACGUCCUGAGUUCAAUUUUCCCUCCCUUGAAAGCUUGAUUGCCAAGAUUCAUGAAGACCGCAGAAUUGCUGAGAAAGCUCUUGAUCUUCCCUUGUAUUCAAGUUACAAGAAUGAUUCACAUUUGAGAAUCUCAUGAUACUGAUUUUUUUUAGCUUCUUAGGGAGAUAAUAAAAUGUGAUCUCUCAAAAUUAAAAUCCACUGCAUAUAAAUUUAUCAGUGUUUUUCUCUCCUAUUGAAUAAUGAGAGAUGACACUUUAUUCUUUCAAAUAAAAAUUACAAUUGAGAUAAUUCACUU